AUGCUCAAGAUAGCCAAAGAAUCCAAAAUUCAUUCGGCCGUUGGCGACACCCAGGCUUGGCUUAUCGAGGCCGAAACAAAGCUACUGGCUUUUGAACAAAAAGCGCAAGACGCUGAGGCUAAACUUGCGGCCAGCGAAUCAGGUGCAGCACUGUGCGAAUCACUGAAAAAAGAACUGAAGGAGAAGAAUCUGCUUGUUGGGAAGCUUCAGCAUGAAGACGACUGGUCACAAAUGUGUUGA